AUGGGGGUCGAGAGGAGAACAAUAUUACCAUUACCCGCACCCACCGAAUCCGAAAUCGCGCUUCCCCCGCCAUCGCCGGACGAAGCCUCAGAUCUAGCCGAGCCUGGCGACGAGAGGUCACACUAUUCUCUCCCCGAUGACGGCACGCCCGUCACAAUAAAAACCCGUAGUCAUCGAGCCAACAAAUCACAAACCUCACUACUAAUAGAAUACUUCGAGGGCGGCAAGUCCGCCGGAGAUCACUCAGGGAGUGGCUCGCGCGAUCGCCGACCAAGCGUUCGUGUGCGAGUUACCCCUUCUUCCAAAAGUCGUGGGACGAACGACCACAUACAAAUAACAGAGAUGUCUUCCCGGAAAGCCUCUCACCAUCGCGGUGAGCUGGACGAGCCCGAAGAUGCGAGAAGUCUGCAUUCAUACGCCUCGGCGACUGAAGAGUCCAACGUCUCUCGAAACCCCAUAGAAGUCGAGAUUGAUCCCGGGCAUCGCCGGCGACGAAAGCCGUCGAGCCCUCUCAUUCCCACUUCUGACAGCAAGGUCUCCUACCUGCCACCCAAUAUGUCUGACAUCUCGGGCAUUCCGACAGACAGUUUCCUGGAUGACACGCCGCCAACGCAGCGCAAAGACGAUUAUGGUCGCACGCCAGCAGGAAAGGAGGCACGAGCUGUCGGCGCAAUAGACACCGCAAACAGCAUACUCACUGACAAGUCGAGCAAUCGCGGCAGUACACGCAGUGAUCUUCACGAGCGCAACGUGAUGCAGAAAGCUGUCGAGAAGGCCAGCAAACCAGACAGGAAACAAAAGUCCCGAGCCCGGACCAGUCUGGGAAGCGAGAAAGACUUUGACAGGAUGAGUUCCCCGAGAAGGAAGUCAAGGAGCACGCCAAAGGAUUCCCUCAUCUCCGGCGCAGAAUCGAGUGUGCUGUCCUCGCAGCUGACGCCCAGUCACCGGUCGUACGAUUCAUAUUCGUCGUCAAAGAUCUCGAUCAACAACCCCAAGCUCCUGGAGACAGUCGAGGAUGCCAUCCGCCGCCUCAUCUUGCCGGAGCUUGAUGCCAUCAAACGAGAGCGCAGCCAGCGCGAUAGCCGCCGCCCGAAAGACCGUGAUUCUUUCUCCAGCUUGACGUCAGCAUCAAGAGAAGAGAUCUCCGUGACAAGCAAGCGGAAAUCUGCAGACACCUCUCAUUCGACCAAAUCCAAGACAAGCCGUGGACGUGAAGCAAGGAACGACCUUUCACCACAGAGCAGUGCCGACGACGUUUCAGUCAGCGAGGACGUCUACAGGGAUCAGAUCACGACCCGGCACGACCGCGGGAAGGAUGGUCUCGCUGCUGCUACUGUCGGUGCCGCUGCUUUGGGAGCCGCUGCGGCCCUGCGGUCACAGUCCCGGGGCGAUGACAAACGUCAGCGUCGCAGACGGAGGGGGGAUCCCUCGAAGCGUGAACAACAUUAUGCCGAUGACUAUGGCGAUGUCGAGCACGAGGUGGUGCCACCAAUGCCACUUUCCAGCGAGAUCAACCCGUCAGAGAUGACAAGGACAUCUAUCCUGUCCGCGGAGAGUCAGCGGCCACAUUCUGCAAGCGAGGAGAUGACGCCAGUGCAGGAAGUGACCCGUGGCGUGGCAUCAAUGGAGCCUACCAGAGAUGCCCCGACGCCUGAGCGGACUCCAGCUCAGACAAUACAGCCUCUUGGGACUCUGCACGCGAGUAUAUCGCAUGGAGAUCUGAAGAAUCUCCCGCGCCGUGGCACCAUGGACCAGGACGACUUCGAAGACGAAGAAUUCAGGAGGGAGCGCUCUCGCGGGGAAGAUGACUACUACGACGACUACGACGACGAGGCUCGACUAGAUGAACCUGGCAUGUACGAUGAGGAGGAAGAAAGACUACAGCAAGCUUUCUACGGCCACCAGGACGUCCCCGCGCCCCUUCGUUAUGUUCCAUACCAGCAAGAACGACGCGGCCUGAGUCCUAUCCAGAGCGUGUCUGGCUUUACCGAGGGUGAGGGCAGCGAGUACCAAGGCCACAGAGACUCGAGGAUAGCGCCGACAAAUAGCGAGCUCUCAUCCCCAGAAAAAGAUCGGGGAGUGUAUUCGCCGAGCUCUGUCCCUAGCAACAUGCGCAGCCGCGAGUUUGGCGAUGAGGCCAGCAGCGUUCUAAGCUCCGGCGUGGGCUACAGACAAUCGGCAUACACUGAAGACAGUGAGCUCGAUCAUCCUGGUGGCCGUGCCGUCCACCUAGUGGGCGACAACCCCCGGAUGAUUCACCGCGAUUCUGGUCCCGAGUCAGCCGUGGCAUCUCUGGUAGAUGGUUCCAUGCUCGACCCCUCCAUGCUCAGCGGGGACAAUGGUCAGGACUACCGUAAUUCUCAGUUCUCGUACGAAGAGAGCCCAACACGUGCGCGCUCAGCCCAGGGCAGUCCUCUUAAGCACUCCAUGGAGGCCGAGCAGGACAUCCGCCACCGCUCAGUGUCUCCAAUCUCGACUGCCGGUGGCGAGCCUUCUACUGUCUCUCAAGACUUUGUCGAGUACGACUUGGAUGAAUACGGAAGAAAGGUCCCCAAGCCCCAGUAUAGGCAGUCUCCAACAGCUUCCGAGUCCGCCAUCACCAGUGCCGCGCUGCGACAGGCCGCCGCCGAGGCUCUCAAGCGGAAGAAUGUCUCCCAAGACCCUGUUGAAGUGUCUGGCGAGGAUUUCGUGGGCGACGGUGUCUCAAGAAACAAGUCCUUCAAGGAGCGCGCCCAGGGCAACUUCAACCUGGCGUCGACACCGAAGCACAGCACCGAUCGCCUUUCUGACUACGAGCAGCCCAAGAUGAGCGCGACUGGUCUGCCUGAUAUGGGCAACCCCAUGCCGGAGAUUGGCUAUGGCUACGAAGAUGGCCAGCACUCCAGGCAACAGACGCCUUCUAUCGUCGAGGGACAGCCCGGCGACCACUACAUGGAGGACCGCGAGGGCAACUGGACACCGACGCAGGAGGCGACUCAUUACCAGUAUGACCGUGCAUUGACCCCGAAGGCCAGCCAGUCUGGACCUCCUUUCUUUGGUGCUACAGAUGCAGCUGCUGCUGCUACCAUUGCCACUGCCACUGCACUUGCCGCUGCUCACCACAGCCGCCAGCCCAGCCAGGACCAGGACGAUGAGUGGCAGCGGACCUCUGGCGAUCGGAAGAGGGAUACACUGGUCACAAACCCGUAUGAAGGAGCCAGCCCAAUCGCCAAUCUUCCUGGCCUCGAUGGUCUUCAGGGCGGUGGUUAUGGCGCGAACGCCUACCCCAACUUCAACACAGGUAGCCCUGGCAUCCCAGCUGGUGAUGAGGGUUACAUCUCCUCCGCUCCCAACGAGAUGCGCGAGGGUAACGCGAAAGGCAAGGGUGUCGACUUCGUAGACCAGCCACGCGCAGGUCCUUCAGAGGAUCCUUUCUACAGCACACCAAAGCCGCAAAGGCAGAUGAGUGGCUUGUCGCAGGGCGUGGGCUCGCCGCUGUAUGAUGCUGCCACCGGCACCGGCAUCGACAGGAUCCAGUCCAAGGACAUUAUUGCCCUCAUGGAGCAUCUCAUGGUCCGUGAUGCUCAGCGCAGUGCUCGAGACACCGAGAUGCUCGUGACGCUCGUCCGGUCUGCAGCUGAGAUGCGCAAUUCUUUCGAGGACAUCAAGCGCAUGCUCGCCGAUACCGAAGAUCAGAUAAUAACUGAGAUCAAGGACAACACCGAGCAGACUGUUAAGCGCCACCUCGGCGGACCGCGGCCAUUCCCUGGUAGUGGUGCCAGAUCAGUUCAGGGUGGUGGAUCACAGGCCGGAACUAUGGACGAGGUUGCCAAGAAGAAGCGCAGCUUCCUGCGUAGAGCUCUGCAAGGCCUUGGCACUAAGGGUGCCAGCGACCUGGGACGCAUUGAGGACAUGCUUAUGCAGCUCCUGACUGAUGUUGACGUUCUGAAGCAUCAGACCGCUGGUCCCGCUGACGCGAGCCCCGGAGCGCAAUCCAUGCGCUCUGUCGAGCAGCAAGAGCUUGAUGCUCAGUACGAGGAUCGAGGAUAUGAGCCGGAGGGCCACGCAGGGACAUCGACCGCCAGCUACGCUAGCCACUCUGGGCCCCUCUCCAUUGGCAAGAACUCCGGCAGGAUCGUGCACGACCGCAAGGUCUCAGACCACCGCAUCAGCACUGUUCCCGAAGGCAACGAGGAGGACUACGAAGACACCUAUGUCACCGCCAACAACCAGUACUCUCCACAGCAACAGGGAUUCCUCUCUCCAGCUCCCCAGCAACGCCGUGGAGGCUCCGUUCCCCUCGGAACUCCUCCUCAAUCAUCGCACCAUAUGCAGAACUCGUUGAGCAGUGAGAACACCCCUCGCACCGAGGAUGGCAAGAAGCACAAGUCCCGCGGCUCCGCCACGUUCUUCCCAAAGAUAUCCCGCUGGUCAGAGACAACUACUUCCAGCUUGGGCAAGGUCUUCCGCAACAGCAACAACACGAAGAAGAACCCUGGAGAGCCUCCUGAGGAGUUCCUUCAGCAUCCAGCGUCGCGCUCGGGCUCCGUCGAUGAGUACGACCACCAAUAUCAGUACGACGCUUACGGCCAGGACAAGCUUCACUCAGGAUUUUCCGAGUACGACCUGUCCGCUAAUGUCGGAGGGCCUGAGCCAAGCUCUUCCUUUGGCACCCACGGAGGCCCUCCAGUCAGCUAUGCCACACCAGAGGAUCCCAAGUACAAGGCGCACCGCAAUUCGCUGAACCUACAGCACCCACAGCCGCGUGCUGGCCAGACUGAGCGCUUCCGUACAGCGCUGGAGUCGUCCGCUCAGAUCUUUGACGACCCCAUGUCGCCAAGAUCUGCCGACUGGGCCGGAUCGGCGACGUCGCUGAACCGCUUCCCCGAGCAGAACACAAACCGGUACAGUGACAACAGUGCUCUUACCGGCCAGACAGGGGACUCCUACCGCUGGCAGCAAUCGCCGGCGCCUCCCAGGCCGCCCAAGGAGCCACUCGAGGGUUCGCCGUUGGCUCAGAUGCACUCCCCUCCUCAGAACUCGCGUCUGAGCCAGAUGCACAGGACCAGCCCUAUGCCCUACGCUAGCGCCGUCGAUAGCGGUUAUGGCACUGGCUCUGCCACGCAUGCUGGCAGCUACCACUCUGGUAGCCCAAAGCCUGAGAACAAGAACCUGAGCACCGCGCUUGGCGUUCCUACCCGCCGCCCCAGUGGCCCUCGCGCCAUGACGCCGACGCGCAGCAUUGACGACAGCGAGAACGAGAGACGGAGGAAGCGAGACACAUUCGGCUCUGUUGCUAGACCCAGCUCUGCCGCUAGCCAAGAGACAGACACUUUCUAG